UUGGAGACUACUGCUGCUGGAUUCGAAGAAAGUAACUGCAAGUAGGCAAUUUUAAAAUCCGAAAGAGCUGUGGGAAAGGAGGAAUUUUUGCCUGUCCCAAAUCGGUUGUAUUUCCGGUCACCACUGAUAAAGCUAGAGAUAAACAAAAAGAUUUGCAAGGCAUGGAGUCCACAAUGAAGGAGUUAUUGGACGACUCCUCUGCUCGAUUACAAGAACUCAAGCGUCUUCAUGAUUAUCAGAUAGACAUAUUAAGGCAAUUAUUAGUGUUGCAAAUUAGUUCUUUCGUUCUUGUUUUCUCUGUUUUGUGCUUCGAAAUGUCUCUUUGGUGGUUAUGCAAUACUUUCCCCUUCUGUAUUUGUUCCUACUCAUCUUUUGAAAUUGGAUUUUUUUGAUAUCACAAUCUAAAGAAUGUGAAGCGUAUAUGUUUGUGCCGACCAUAUCUCAUGCUGAAAGAUCAACUUGCUAAGUCUAAGGCCGAUGUAGUUCAAUAUCAUUCUCUUUAUGCGAAACUACAGGUCGAAAAAGGCAAUCUUGCCUGAAGGGAAAAAGAUACUCUUAUUAGAAAAGAAUUAGUUGAUUUUUUCAUCAAGCUUCAGCUGUUGCCGAUUCUAGAAUUAAGGACCUAGAGGCAGAUAUAGAAAAGUGCAUCAAAGAAAAAAAAUGGAUCGAAAAAAAGAGGGAAGAAGUGCCUAAAGAACCUGAUAGGUUAGAAAUCAUUGUGGAGUUCGAAGGUAUAAUUUAUUCGUUUCCUGAGGAAAUGUGUAGCGUGCAAAAUCAGUUUAGUAGAUUCAAGGAGGAUGCUUCAGAUGUUCAUAGUCUGUGAGCUGAUGUAAAGUCUCUUGCCAACAUUCUUGAUCGUAAGGCUAUGGAAUUGGAAGCUUCUUUAUUGAGUUCAGUUGAACAAAAUGCUGGAAUACAGAAGUUGCAAGCUGUGGUCCGUGGUUUAAAGGAAACCAUUUCAGACUUGAAGCUUUAUAGGGAAAUGUACAGACAUGAAUCAACGUAUUCAAGGGAAGUGUAUGAAGCUAGAAAUGGGGAAAUUAAGGCAUGGGCUUAUGUUCGGAGCCUGAUUACUUCUCUUGAGGGACAGAAUUUGGAGUCACGACUUAAAGCCUCAAUUGAAGCUAAAGCAAAAUCCCAGAAAAGGUUAGCGGCAGCAGAAGCUGAGAUUGGUGACCUGAGACAGAAGUUAGAGGCCUCUAAAAGGAAUAAAUACAGAUUUUCUGAUGACUUAAAACACGAACAUGAAGACACUGAGGCCUAUCUUUUUGAGAUAAGAGAGUAUCGGACAUGCCUAUGAUGAUAUACAGUCUCAAAACCUACGGUUUUUGCAGCAAAUCGUGGAGAGAGAUGAGUACGACAUGAAGUUGAAAUCCUACUCGGACCAAAUUCGGAGGUUUUCUAAAAUUAGGGCUCGAAGAACAGUUACUUUAGAGAACACCCAAAAAAGAGUGUUAUAUGUGAGGAAGUCAUCUCAGCAACUGAGGAACACAUUUGAAGAAUCAAAAUCAAAGCUUGACAUAAGUACAGUUGGAUUUGCUAAGCUGCAGAUAGAAUUGUAAUGUGAUGUCAUUCCUAUCAUUUCUUGUUUUUAAACUAUUUCUCCUUACUAUGUUUGAGAAGAAAAGAAUAGAAGAAGACGUAGAAACUCUGAGAAGGAAAACAAAAAGAUUGAAGUUGCAUUCCAAGGUUUCAUCCCCAACUGAAAAGCUUCUGCAGGAACUUGGAGAAUACAAGGAAAUACUGAAGUGCAGUAUUUGAUUUGAUAGAAGUGAAGAGGUGUUUAUCGCCAAAUGCUACCACCUGUUUUGCAGCCAUUGCGUACAGAGAGUUAUAGAAACGGGCCAGCUCAAGUGCCCAGAAUGUGUGGCAAGUUUCGAGGCUAGCGAUGUUAAACCUGUUGAGGCAAAUUGGAAAGUGUACUAUAGACGUAGAAGAAAUAAAAUCAGUUAGGAUUUUAUAGAAUUUCUUAUUGAUUAUUAAUGCGUCUUAUUGCGAUUUCAAGACAAUUGACUUUGUUUCCUUUAUAGAGGAAACCUUGUUAUUCUGUAUUAAUCCUAGUUUAAACUCUAUAUACAGAGGUCAAGAGGUUCUUUGAUUGUAAUAAAUAAACCAUUACUAUUGAAUAAAUUUACAAUCUC